GUCAGGCCGGGUUGUUUCAAUGUCUCAAGACAUAACGUUGAGCUCCUCCAUCGUUCAUCUUCACCGUACAGAACUGAUUUGCUGAAGUUGGAUUAUGUCACACGUUUAAGAAGCAUCACCAGGUUUCCUGUAUCCAUCUGCCUGCAGCUCUGUCCAGAGCCUGCAUGAACGCAAACCAAGAGACCAAGCCCACUCUGAACAAACGAGGGAGCAGCCAAACAUCCAGCUCUACAUAAGGGAGAAGGAGUUUGGUGGUCCUACCUCUUCAUCUUCAUCCUCAUCCUGCAGCUCCAUUCUGGAUUCAGCAGCAGACCUCACCAGUAAAACAACCCAGUUCCCCGACCAGCAGCAGAUCUUCUGCAGUUCAUGAAGAUCCAACCUUCUGGUGUUUCAUGCAGAAACUGAAUCACCAACAUGAGAAGAAGAUCAAGCUUCCUCAUCCUCACCUCCACAGUUUGUUUCUUCUUCGUUUCUGCCCAGAAAUCAGAAUGUGAAAAGGCCACAGUGGGCGACAUCGUCUUCCUGGUUGAUAGCUCCACCAGCAUCACCCCUCAGAGCUUCCAGGAAGUCCGUUCAUUUCUCUACAACAUCACCAAGAACCUCGACAUCGGUUCCAAGAAAGUUCGCGUCGGCUUAGCUCAGUACAGCGAUGACCCACACCAGGAAUUCCUGCUGAAGGAGCAUGUAGACAAGAAAUCUCUGUUGGCUGCAAUAGAGCAGUUUUCCCAACAGAAAGGCGGCACAGAGACAGGUAAGGCGAUCGAUUUCAUUCGAGAGCGUUACUUCACCGAAGAGGCGGGGAGCAGAGCCAAACAACGGGUGCCUCAGAUUGCCGUGGUCAUCACGGACGGGCAGUCCUUUGAUGAUGUGGACAAACCUGCUAUUGAGCUCCGACGGCACGGGGUUGUCGUGUUCGCUGUUGGGGUGGAAGACUACAAUCAGAAGCAGCUGGAGAGAAUUGCUAACUGGCCUCCAAGUCAGUACACCAGAACCACUGCCAGCUUCCAGGAGCUGCAGAGUCUGACUGACCAGCUACUGGAAACCGUGUGCUUCUCCCUGGAGGAGCAGAGGAAAGCGUUGGCCGACAGGUUUGCAGAUAUAUUUUUCUUGGUGGACAGCGGACUUCCUCCACGUCAGUUUAAUCAGUUCAAGAACGAGCUUGUGAAACUGAUCGAUCAGACCAACGUUAAACUGACCGGCUACCGGGUUGGUUUAGCCCAGUACGGUGAAAGCGUCAAGGUCGAAUUCCACUUGAACACUCAUAAAACCAAAGCACAAACCCUCAAAUCAGUGAAAAACUUUAAGCUGCAACCACAACCCAACCAGCUACAAAACCUGGAAGGUGCUCUCCGUCUUGCUGCUCGUGACUUUUUCAGCCUUGACAAAGGUGGCCGAGCACACGAAGGAGCUCAACAGUUCUUGGUUGUUGUGACUGGAAAAGACCCAGGCUUUUCUGUGUUUUGGCCCUCUAGAUCUCUUAAAAAGACUGGAGUAGUAGUUGUUGGGAUGAGCACCAGUGUGUCACUGGAAUCACUAGACUGGUUCGCUAGUCCAGGAUUUGCUUUUGACUUUUUUCUCAACAGUACUCAGAUGAAGAAUACCUUCACCACCACAAAAGUAGAAACGAUUUCUGAAGACUGCAAAGGAGCCAACAUGGCCGACAUUGUAUUCAUUGUUGAUGAUUCGAGGAGCAUCACACCAAACAACUUCCAUCUGAUGCGUCAUUUCCUUUACUCAAUGAUCAGCAGCCUUGACGUCAAUCCAAAACGAGUUCGCGUGGGCAUUGUUACCUACAGUGACUACCCUACAGCUCAGGCCUACCUCAACACUUUCCAGGACAAGGCAGAAGUUCUGCAGUUCAUCACAACUCUGCCUCGCAGAGGAGGUGGGACCAACACUGGAGCCGCCCUAAAAUUUACUCUGGAGUCUGUUUUCAUUGAGGAGAAGGGCAGCAGAAAGGGGGUCCAGAAGGUAGCCAUAGUGAUCACAGAUAAUGGGUCACACAACAAUGUGAGCGCAGAGGCCAUUGGUCUCCGGAGAGCUUCGGUCAAAGUUUUUGCUGUAGGAAUCCAAGUUGCUAACACAGAUGAUCUGCAUGACAUGGCGUCUCACCCCACCUCCAGACACGUGUUCACCGUGGACAGCUUCGCUCAGCUGAAACCUCUGACGGAAACCCUGCAGGAAAGCCUGUGCAGUUCUAUCACAAACAGUGCAAUCCGUAACUCUGAAAUCACGCAGGACGCCAAACAAGCAUGUGAACAAAAAGAUGAAGCAGAUAUCUUCUUCCUCAUCGAUGACUCAGGAAGCAUCGAGCAGGAAGACUUCACAGAUAUGAAGAAGUUUGUUAUCGAGUUUCUGAAAACCUUCCGUAUUGGGCCACAUCAUGUUCGCCUGGGGCUGGUGAAAUACUCAGAUGAACCCACUGAAGAGUUUGACCUGGGUGUGUACUCAUCAGCUUUGGAGAUAGAGAAAGCUGUGGAGAGCAUUUUCCAUGAAGGAGGUGGAACCAAAUCUGGGUUGGCGCUGUCCUUCAUGGGAUCUUAUUUUGAGAGAGCAGCGGCUUCUCGUCAGGUCCAACAGUAUUUGAUCGUCAUCACAGAUGGAGAGUCCUCAGAUGAAGUCAAAGAUCCAGCUGAAAAUCUUAGAAAUAAGGGCAUCUCUGUGUUCGCCAUUGGGAUCAAGGAAGCAAACGCAACUCAACUGAAUGAGAUAUCUGGGAACUCCAAGAGGACAUUCUCUGUCAGUAACUUUGAUGCCCUUAAGUUCAUCAGUGAUGAUGUCAUAAGAGAAAUCUGCGCUCCUGAGGUUUGUAAAGACGUUCCCAGUGACAUAAUCUUCCUGACUGAAAGCUCAGAGAGAAUCUCGGAGAUGGACUUCAAGAAAACGAAAGAAUUCAUGAAAUCUGUCAUAAGCAAGUCCAUGAUCGGGCCAAAUGAGGUGCAUGUUGGUGUGAUGCAGUUUAGCACCAAACAUCAUUUGGAGUUUCCUCUCAGCAACUCUUACAGUAAAGAAGAAAUCCUGAGAGCUAUUGAUGACAUGAAGCAGAUGAAGCUAGACACUCACACAGGAAAAGCUAUCACAGAGGUUUCAAAUUAUUUUGAUGAAUCCAAUGGAGGGCGUCCCAGUCUGAGGCAGAACCUGGUGGUGAUAACCUACAGUAAGGCUAAAGAUGAGGUCAGAGGUCCUGCUGAAGCUCUCAGGGCCAAAGGAGUGGUUAUCUACUCCAUCGGACUGAUGGAUGCCAACCUUUCCCAGCUUCAGCAAAUCAGUGGUUCAUCUGACACAGUUUUUAACCAAGAAAGCACUGAUGCACUAAAUGAACUAGAGAGUGUUCUGGCCUUAAAGUUCUGUGAUCCUCAAAGAGAUUGUAAGAAGGUCGAAAAAGCUGAUAUCAUUUUCCUGGUCGAUGGUUCUGGAAGCAUAGAUGAUCAAGAAUUCAAAAGUAUGCAGACGUUUAUGUACUCUGUAGUGAACCAGACCACAGUUGGUCAGGAGCUGACCCGGUUUGGGGUCAUACUCUACUCUGACACUGCAGAAAUCCAGUUUCGUCUGAAUGCCUACAACUCCAGAGCAGAAGUUCUUAAAGCUAUAAAUGGUUUGGUGCCACCGCUCAAAAACACGUACACAAGCAAGGCUUUGAAGUACUCGUUAGAGUUCUUUAACGAUGAACAUGGUGGACGACGAAAACUGAAGAUUCCUCAGAUCAUUAUGGUCAUCACAGACGGUGAUGCCCAAGACUAUUACGGUCUGAAAGCCUCAUCUGAUGCCCUGCGAGCAAAUAACAUCAAUGUCAUCAGUAUUGGAGUAGAGGGGGCCAUAAAGGAGCAGCUGGACACCAUGGCUGGAGGGGACCAAUCCAAAGUUUUCUUUGUGAAGGAUUUCAAAGAAUUAGAGACUCUGUACAAGAACAUGUCAGAUGUCAUCUGCCAAACCACUAAACCAGCUUGUGAAAAGGCAGACCUGGUUUUUCUGCUUGAUAAUUCCGGCAGCAUCAGCUCAGAUAAUUACAAUACCAUCAAAAACUUCACGACCGACGUAGUGAACAGCUUCAACGUCAGUGAGAAUGAAUUCCGAGUUGGACUUGCAGCGUUUAGUAAUUCCCCUAAACACGAGUUUUAUCUCAAUGAGUACAGCAGCAACAAAGCUGUGGUUGAUCACGUAAUGAAGUUGACGUAUGAGGGUGGAAACACCUACAUCAGCAAGGCCUUGGUGUUUAUCAAGGAGUACUUUCAAACAUCACGGGGCAGCCGCAUCAACACCCCCAAAACGCUGGUGCUGAUCACAGAUGGAAACUCUCAAGAUGACGUGGAGGAUGCAGCUAAUGAGCUCAGGGACAUGGGCAUUCAAAUACUAGCUGUUGCCAUUGGAGAUGUCUAUGACCUGCAGCUCCUUCAGAUCACUGGAGACCCAAGAAAACUUUUUACUGUGGUGAACUUUGACAGCUUGGCCAACAUUAAGAAAAAGGUUGUUGAAGCCAUCUGCCCAGAGCCUUCUACUGAGCCCUCUGUUUGCAGCAUUGAUAUCGCCAUAGGAUUUGAUAUUUCCACAAGAGGAGGUCCCGGUGUGACCCUUAACAGUUACGUUAGACAUCUCAAGGAGAUCGCCCAGUCUAUUUCUAUGGUGGAGGACCUCUGCUGCACCAGUCCGCUCCACACUAACAUUUCCUUCAGCGUGGUGGACAUCAAUGGACACGCUCUGUAUGACAACAAGUUUGAGGCUUACAGUGAACAAGUAGUGAACAAAUUCUUGAACAUUUCAUGGUCACAGCCCACUUUAUUCAAUUUAGCUCAAUUGAACUACUUCGGAGACUGGUUCAGAGACAAGUCCACAGCUCAAGUAAAGGUGCUGGUGAUCUUCUCAGAUGGACUUGAUGAAGAUGUGAUGAAACUAAGGCAGGGAUCUGAGCAGCUAAGAGAGUCUGGGGUCAGUGCUCUGUUGACUGUGGCACUAAAUGGUGCUGAACCCUCCCAGCUUCAGAUGGUCGAGUUCGGCCGAGGAUCCAACUACCAGCUUCCUCUUACUAUCCACACUCCGAGCAUCAAAGGCAUCCUCCUUCAGCAGAUUAGUGCUGUGGCAGAUCGUGUCUGCUGUAAUGUUGCAUGUAAAUGUUCAGGACAUCAAGGCAUACCUGGUACUCCUGGCGCACUUGGGACAAAGGGUUCUCCUGGACUGAAGGGCCACCCAGGAUUUCCGGGAGAUGAAGGAUACCACGGGCCUCGAGGACCUCCGGGACCUAAUGGAGUUCAGGGCUCUGCUGGAUGUCCAGGAUUCAGAGGAGCGAAGGGAUCUCAUAGCUACUCAGGAGAGAAGGGCGAAGAAGGAGAAGAAGGGCUGGAUGGAGUGAAUGGAGAACAGGGACAAACCGGAAAAGAUGGAAUUCCAGGAGCUAAAGGAGACCCAGGAAAAUCAGGGAAACCAGGUACCAGAGGGGAGGCGGGGCUGAAGGGGGAGCGAGGCCUGAGAGGAGAUUCGGGCGAACCCGGAACCGACAACACAAGUCCAGGACCCCGCGGGGACCCUGGAAACCCGGGACCUCCGGGCACUCCGGGUCGAGACGGGUUGCCAGGUCAGGAUGGAGAUCCCGGAUUCCAGGGUCGAGAUGGGAGAAGAGGCCCUGGUGGCGACCCGGGCUUACCUGGAGAGAAAGGAGCUCGAGGACCUCCAGGUGCCGCGGGUGCUUCUGGUCCACGGGGACCCAAAGGAAAGCACGGCGAGCCAGGUCCAAAGGGGAUGCUUGGUUUACCUGGACCUCAGGGUGGUCCGGGACGGGUCGGACGCCCGGGACAAACUGGAAACACUGGUGCUAACGGACAGAAGGGCCAACCAGGAGAGGAGGGAGUGAAGGGGUCCCGAGGACCGCCAGGACCCCGAGGACCGCCGGGAAACGAUGGAGAAGACGGUUUAGGGCCUGACGGACCCAAAGGUGCAAAGGGAGUUCCUGGUUUUCCUGGUUAUCCUGGUCAGCCGGGUGAACUGGGUCAAGGGGGAACCAAAGGUUAUCCGGGUCAAAAAGGAAACCGAGGUCGAGGGGGAAACUCCGGAGGCUCAGGACAGCCCGGACUGCCUGGAGAUCCAGGAUAUCCGGGACACAAGGGACACCGAGGUCCUCCUGGAAGAAUGGAAAAGACAGAGUGUGAGCUGAUCACCUUCAUUAGAGACAGCUGUGUUUGUUCUGACGGUCGUUCCCAGUGCCCGGCGUACCCCACCGAGCUGGUCUUUAGUCUGGACCUCUCAGAGGAUGUGUCCUCAGAUGAUUUUGACAAGCAGCGCCAAGCCGUACUCUCCCUGCUGGAGAGCAUCUCCAUCGCAGAGAGCAACUGUCCCAUGGGUGCUCGGGUGGCCGUGGUGGAAUUCAGCAGAUACACCAGGAACCUGAUCCGCUUCCAGGAGCAUCACAGAAAGAAACAGCUGAUAGAAGCUGUGGAGAAAAUUGCCUAUGAGCGCACAACGGACCGCCGCCACCUAGGGGCCGCCAUGCUCUCAGUGGGUCGGAACAUAUUUAAACGUGCCAGAGCAGGCAUGAUGAUAAGGAAGGUGGCGGUCUUCUUCUCCAACGGGCCGUCUCAGGACCCGGAUGAUAUGAUUGCAGCCAUGAUGGAGUACAGCGCUCGGAACAUUGUCCCAGUGGUGAUUUCCCUGAAGAAAGCACCUAGGGUCAGCCAAGUGAUGGAGGUUGAUGACUCAGGGAGGUCCAUCUUCGUGAUGCUGAGGAGGCAGCAGGACCUGAUGAAGGUCAUGAACUGUGCCAUCUGUUACGAUCCCUGCAGGCGCUCAGAGGAAUGCUCCUUCAUCCAGGACCCGGUACCGCUUCAGCAGGUGGACACAGACCUCGUCAUGGUUAUAGACGGCUCCAGGGAGAUGCAGGCAGACCAGAUUGUCGAAGCUCAGCAGCUAAUGGGCUCUGUGGUGGAGCAGCUGGCUCAGAGUCCCCAGGACUUGAGGCAGUUUGGCACCUUCUCGCCGCUAGGAAUGACUGGACUGGACUCGGCCCUGCAGGAGGUUCUGAUGAGGCCGAUCCGGCCACACAGGAAGAAGGCUCUGCUGGUGUUCGUGGCCGACCAGAUAUCCUUCAGCGACUGGGCCAUGUCCCGGAAGGCCAAGUGUGAGGGCGUGGCUGUAUUUGUGGUGACAGUCGGCAACCGCUACAACCGGACCCAGGUGGAGGAGCUGGCCAGUUUGCCGGUCCAACAGCAUCUGAUCCACGUGGACCAGCUGGAGGCCAACGAGCGGGAAUACGUGCAGCGCUUCUUCAGAGUCUUCCUCUCCACCCUGAACAAGGGUCUGAACUCGUAUCCUCCUGCUUCACUGAAGCCCUUCUGCAGCCGUCUGAAGGACCCAAACGACUUCAUCAGCAGACAGAGUUCUCAGUCCGACGACCCACUGAGUGAUGUGUUGGUUCAGACGGAGCAUGAAGUCUCCACUGAUGUUCUGAGCCAAGAAAACGGCCAGCAAUCAGUUCCAGGAUCCAACUUUAAUGAUAAUAAUAUCCCACGCUCUGGGAUGCUGUAUGGUCGAAACAUCACAUCGACUCCGCUGAUCAGCUUUGUCUCCAAAGAUGUUUGUCUUCUCAAUAGAAACUCUGGCCAGUGCAGGAAGUACACCAUAAAGUGGUUCUAUGACAGCAAACAAUCCAGAUGCUUCCGCUUCCGGUACGGUGGCUGUGGAGGAAACAGAAACCGCUUCAGCACGCAGAGAGAGUGUGAGGCUACAUGUCUGUAGAGCUAGGGAAGAGGAGGACGAGGACAAGGAGAAGUGGGUGGAAGUCAGCUUCCUGAUAGAGAUCACCAUGGAGACCAAUGAUCAACAGCAGCUUCAGGAAACACCUCGAUUCCGUAGAAACUUUUGUGGUUUACAUCUCAGUUCUUUGGGGUUUCUGGGAGAACUCUGAGCUUUCUGAAGUCUGGAGAUGUUCCUUCAGGUAGAUCAGGUGCCAUGUAUUUUACUGAAACUGAUUAGGUAUAUGAUGUUUUCCACUCAGUUAUGAUGUUUUACAUCAUUUUCUGCCUAAAAUGUUUAAGAUAAAUGACCAAAACUCAAAUAUUGUCUGUUUAUGCCAAAGCAUGAGUUAUUUCCAUCUCUGCUCUUAACUAAUAAAAACAUCAAGUUCUCUAACAAUCAAAACUCUCCAAAAAUUAUUAGACAAAAACUGGUAAAAAUUUAUAAAAAACUGACUGAACUUUUAUUGACAGUAUUUUUGUACAAAAGCCCAGAGUGGCCAGAACUCCUUUUGUCUUCUGAGAUGGAAAAUUCUGAGAAAAACUUGUUGAAGUUGUUUUGUUUAACUUUGUGUUUAUUUGAUGGUGCUUUGAGAUGACGUUUGUUCAAAAAUGGUGCAAUAAAAAUAAAGUCAACUGAAAAAAUAAA